AUGGACUUACCGAGUCGUGUACGCGAGAUAUUGGAGCAGCUGCACGUGUCGAAAGACAAGCUGGAGGUGAUUCGCGACAAGAUGGUGGGCGAAUUUCAACGAGGUUUGGAUGUCGGUCGGCCAGUGGCCUCGAUCGCCAUGCUGCCAACGUACGUGCCGGCUUUGCCCGACGGAUCAGAGGCGGGUAAAUACUUGGCACUAGACCUUAGCGGUAAAAACCUACGUAUAAUGCUUUUGGAGCUGCAUGGUCGCGGUGUGACUCCCGUCGUGCAUACUCGUAAUUUCGUCGUUUGUAACGACCUGAUGGUGGCUACCGGCUCGCAGUUGUUCGACUUCAUUGUCUGCUGCGUCACCAAGUUCUUGUCCGAGUACCAGCUGCUGAACGAGCGUCUGUCGCUUGGUUUCGUCUUCAGCUACCCAUGCGAAAUGAAAAGCAUUCGCAACGCGAACCUGCUAUGGUGGACAAAAGGAUUCAACGUCCAGGACUGCUUGAACAGGGAUGUCGGCGACUUACUGCAGGAUGCUCUCGACCGCCACGGUGUAAGGGAACUGUCUAUUUGUAUGUGUGUGCCAUUAUCCUUGUCUUUGAGUUGUGUAGCCUCCCUCGCCUUUGUCUUGCUGAAAGUGACCGUUAAGGCGGUGAUGAAUGACACCGUUGGUCAACUGGCUGCUUCGAGUUAUAUUAAUGGCGCCGACUGCGUCAUCGCCGUAGUUAUCGGUUAUGGUUGCAACGCCUCGUACCUUGAAGAGGUGGCGAAUAUAAAAAAGUUCGAUGCCUCGGAAGCUAACUAUCAUUUCCCGAAUAUGGUGAUCGACACGGAAUGGGAAGAAUUCGGAAGGGACGGAGAGCUCGAUUUCAUACGCACGCCAUUCGAUAUUGAAGUCGACCACAAUUCGGUUCAUAAAGGAAAGCAAAUCAUCGACAAACUGACCGGCGCUUAUUUCCUUGGCGAGCUUGUGCGAGUGAUCAUCGACCAGCUGGCCGUCGAAGGCUUGAUGUUCGGCGGCGACCGACCGGAGCUGUUUACGUUGCCGGAUACUUUUCCGACGAAGUACAUCGCCGAAAUACUGAGCGGCGACGGCGAGGACGAAAGCAAGACGAAGAGUAUUCGGCGAAUCCUGGAGGAACUGCGAAUACCGAUUCACGCACCGAUGGAUUAUAUCAUCAUUCGAGAUAUAUGUUCGGCGGUCGCGUCUCGUUCGGCUAGCAUCGUUGCUGCAGCCAUCGCUGCUUUGAUGAAAAGGAUUCGCCGCCCGAAGCUGAUCAUCGGCGUAGGAGGAGCGCUGAACAGCUUUCUUCCCAACUAUCAUGAUAUGCUCAAGGCUCAGUUGAAUGAUCUGGUACCGCCUGACGUGUCCGAGUGGGAUGUGUUGACUUCGGAAUACGGCAGUUGUCAGGGGGCAGCUUUGAUCGCUGCAACGGCAGAAAAAAUGCACCUGUGA